AUGUCAAACUCUCAAGUGAUACUUCGAUAUCAAGUUAAAAAUUUAUACAAACGACUUCUGUUUAUCGGCAGAGAGUACCCAUUAGGUUAUUCAUACUUUCGUCCACGCCUAAAAAAAGCAUUUUUAAAAAAUCGUGACUUAAAAAAUGAAGACGAUAUAAAAAAAGCUAUUGAAACUGGUGAAUAUGUCUACAAAGGUAUGUCUUAUAAUUGGUAG